CUUCGACUGCUCUCCUUAUUACUUGCUAGCUAUGGCUUCCCUCUUUUCACCUUUCCGAAGGUCUUAUAACUUCAUGUUCCGAAUGGCACAUGAAAAGCCUGCAAUAUUCUACUCUUGCGUUGUUGGCGCUAUAGGCCCAGUUCUCGUGGCGGUUGUACCUCCGAUACGUGAAAGCUUUGGAUACCUUCCCGCAGAGAUGCCACCUACCACUUAUCCUCUACCCAAACUCCCGAGACGGCCAGUUACAGGAUAUGACGAUGAAUAAAAAGUGUACAACUUGAAGAACAUUUAUCAAAACGAUUGGUGGCUUAUUUAGAGGCACGCCGAGACGCGAGGUGCUGCAGGACAACGUUCCAGUUCUCAAGGCGACCGACCCCCUACGCGUGUAUCCUGCUUAUCAAAUUAU